AGAGCAUCAUGUCAGACCUCGCCGCUCACUUCAGUGCCGCAGCCACUUCAGCAGACUGUAUCCACGUCAAGAAUAUCCAAUUGUCCUCUCCCGUGUCAGCGCCUGAUGUUUGGGGCAAUCUCAAGGAACAGCCAGCGCUCGUAAGCGUACAUCUCUCGCUCACAAAGGGCUUCAGCACAGCAUCGGAUGCCGACAAGCUAGACGACAGCACCAUCCAUUAUGGCAAUCUUACCAAGCGCAUCCGGUCAAAUUGUGGGCAAGACUGUAUCACAUUGGAUCAGGUUCUCGCUGCGACCGAAUCCGCAAUACAUGGUCUGGCAUUGAAAGCCAACGACAAUUUCAUCGUUGCGAGAAGUGCAGUGGAAGUACACCUGCCCAAAGCGAGUAUGCUUGGCACCGAAGUGGUCAUCACGUCUACCACGUCUUAUGACCAGACUGGCAAGUCGUGCGAUGUCACGAGGAUUUUCAGCGUCAAGGAUGUGACGAUUCCGACUCUGAUUGGCGUCAAUGCCUAUGAGAGAACCAUGAAGCAACCGCUCGUAGUGAGCUUCACAUUGCAAUAUACUCAUUGUUCGAGCAGCUCAUUCGAUGAGAGGCACCAGAAGGCACUCUUUGAUGUCGAAAAGACUCUAGUUCAGAUCAUUCAGGAUACAACCUAUGAGACUCUGGAGACGCUCGUGGAGUUUGUCUACAUGCAGCUGAUUCAAAGGCUUCCAGAAGUCUUAUCGCCUGGUACAAAGUUCAGCCUUCGAGUCGAGAAACCCAGGGCUAUUGCAAUGGCAGACGCGCCUAUCAUCGAAAUUAUGAGGACAGUAUCAGGCAAUGAGGCUUCCAACAAACAGGAUGCAGCUGCAGCUUCCAGCGAUUGA